AUGACCCACUUAAAAGGACAAGAAGCUAUUACCAAGUUCUAUGGGUAUAGCUAUCCUCUGAACUUUUACCAACAGUUUACCGAGCUCCGACCCUACAUCGUUCAAAUCAAGACCAGAAACCCGGCGAUCAACACCCUUCGUGACGAAAUUUACCCUUUGGCCAAUGAUGAUUAUCGGCUUCGUCCGUUGUCCAAUGAUACUACUGUGCCUGGAGACAGAGACACUCUGAGACAAUUGAUUCCCAUAAAACCGAUUGCGGACACAUUGGUACAGACAUAUAUCGACAGAUUCGAGAUCAUACACCGAGUACUCAAUAUAUCGACUUUCAUAGCUGAUUACAAUCGUCACUGGGCCAGUCCACUUUGCACGCCCGCUUCUUUUUUGGUGCAAUUCCUCUUAGUGGCAGCAGCCGCUUCAAGCUUUCAUCCCGAAAUAUGCAUUGACGUUAUGAAUCAGCAAACCGUUCAUGACCAUGCACUUGAUUGGAUUGAGGCUGCAGAAUCAUGGCUCAACUCGACUAAUCAGCCUCCUCAAUCCUGGGACACCUUGGCGACCCAUUGUCUCUUGCUCAUUGCGAAGCGUGCAAACUAUAUCCAAGAGGGUUCAUUCUGGACAUACGCCGGGGCACUGGUCCGGUGGGCUAUGGCAGCAGGAUAUCAUCGUGAAUCUCCCUCGACAGCGAGAAUAUCACCAUACUAUCGAGAGAUGCGUCGGCGCUUGUGGAUGACGAUCGUUGAGCUCGAUAUCCAGGCCUCUGUUGAACGGGGGAUGCCCCUAAGCGUCGGAAUGGAAGAUUUCAACAUAAAAUCACCGCUGAAUAUCAACGAUGACGAGCUACAAAAGUCGGGCCAAGAUCCUCUGGAAGGUAUGCCCCUCGCCACAUUCACGGACACGUCUUUCCAGGCACAUAUGUACCGCUCUUUGCCUGUCAGAUUGAAAAUAUGUGCCUUAGUCAAUGGAUGUCGCGAGCAAGAUGAUUUUGACCGGGUCUUGCACCUUGGAGAGGAGAUAGAAGAAGCACUCCACGAUAUUCCAGAAUGGAAAAAUCCCCAGAACAAUCCGCGACAACAGCAGACCACGAUGUACGUGAAGAGAUUGUUGAGCAUUCACCUGUACCAGUAUACACUCUUGCUGCACAUCCAGUUCGCGAUCCAAACUCGUCCCUCAUUCAAAUCUGCAGUCUGCCGACGUGCGAGAUUGGAGGCAUCCUCGAAGAUUCUUGAUCAUUACCAAAAGCUUAUACAUGAUGAGAAAGUACCUGAACAAGCUUGUAGGAUUGGAUUACUACUUGCUGCACUGAAUAUCUGCCAUGAAAUAUACAUAAACUUUGGGCCUCACGCUUUAAAUGGGUCGGCUACCAUGACAAUAUUUCCCGAAGUUUCCACAUUUCUCGUGGCAACUGUUGAGCAUGUACUACAGAUUUUGGAAAAGAGGCUCAAUUUGACAUUUCACGGAUUGAGCGAAUAUUACUUACUCAGUAUGAUAAUUGGAUUAGUCAAGUCCAAGCUGUGGCCAGAGUCAGCCGCAACAUCCGACAAAGAGGCAGCAGAUAGAGUGAUCCGAAUCUGCACAAUACUGCAGACGCGGCGGGCUGUCAUUCAGCCAGAUCACUCUCUGCUAGGUUCAGCUGAUAAUGGAGGUCUACGUGGGCUUAACUUACCAGAAGAUCCGAGCUCUAUGAUUCCUGACGAUGAACUUCUCAACUCAAUGUUUCCGGAGGAUUUAGGUUUCAUGAAUGAUAGUACUGAUUUUGGGUUCUUCCAUGUAUAA